UUUGUUGUGCGUAUUGUUAUCACUACUAUAAUUUCGAUUUCUUAGUUUCUAACCAUUUGUAUUUGCUUUAUUAUAAUCAGAGCAUGAAGAAGGCCGACGCAGUGGAAAUAUCAAAAGCAUACUGCUACCAAGUAAUUUGCAAAGGCGAACCCAACUGGCCUGAUAGAAUCAUGCUUAGUAAAGAAGACAAAAGCAAGAUAGAGAUGCUAUGCAAAAGCUUUGAGAAACUUAUAACGGAAAAGGUUACGCUGCUUUCCUUAUCAUCCGAUCCCGCCAAGUUUACCAAAGCAUUAUGGCACAUCCUAUCCUCGUAUGAAAAGGAACAUGACGAACAUGCAGCUUACGAUGUCCGUAGAUUACCGUUACCCAAGCGCUUCUUCCCUUUCCCUCUGCCUUCGCUCCAUUGGCGUUUCAUCACCAUAAGCGUCAACUCGCUCCUCCCAUUCAUGUUUCCCGGUACAGCUCCAAAAGGCUAUGCAAAUCAACUCGAAAAGUUUUAUCAAGUGUUCAGCUUCAAAAAGAUGGGAUUUGAUAGUUUGAAUAACCUCAAGAUAAGCCAAGAGACCCUAUUCCGUAAUAUCGUCCGCUCGGAUGGCUUCACUGUCGACUUUAUUUUUAGUAAGAAGAGAAAAUCAAAAGAAGAGAAAACCAUCGAAGACCAUCGGUUGACUUUGGAAGAUUUUGAUUAUGCCGAAAUCGAAUCUGGUUAUAGACCCUGCUUCAUUGAUCCUGGUAGAAAAGACGUUUUCACAGCAGCAAUUGGGAUAGACGUAACGAAGCACCAGGUGCGAAGCUGUUCUACCAAAGAGUACUACCAUAUGACUGGUAGCACCAGAUACUCUGCAAGGCUAGAGAAGAAGAAAGCAGACAAAAUCAAGGGCAUCGAAAGUGAUAUGCCAACUGCCAAGACAGGCUCCAAAGCCCAAUAUCACUGUUAUGCAGCAUACAUCCUACAGCACUUGGAAGUCUUGUUUUCUUUCUACGGUGAUGACACUGCCAAAGAUCGAUUUCAUUUAUACCAAGGACGGAAACGUGCAGCAGACAAAAUGGUAAAUAUGCUAGUUAAUGGCAGUACAAAGUAUAACGAGGAUCUCAGAUUGAAGAAGAGAGACGACAAAGAAAAGAAGGGCUCAAAGAAGAAGAGCAAUGGCAAGGCGGCUUCUCAGAAAAGACGAAAAAAGAAGAAGAAAGGAGCACCAGAGAAAAAGAGUAUAGAAGAAGGGACAUCAAAAGUUAAAGUGGAAUUGGAGAAGAAAGAUAGGUAAGGUUCAUAAGCAAUCAUCAUCAACAACUUAUAGAAAGUAACAUGUUUUUUGUAAUAGUAGUUCAAAUGCCAAAUGGAG